AUGAGAGGUUGCACCAUCUCCAAAAACCGCCAAAGCAGAUAUGUUGUCUCAGCACCUAAUAUAUUCUAUGUUGGAGCCUCUGAAAAUGUAGUAAUUCAAGUUCAUGGAUACACAGAAUCAUUUCCAGUGACCAUUCCUGUUAAAAGUUAUCCUGACAGAAGUUUUACAUAUUCUUCUGACCAAGUUAACUUAUCUCCACAAAAUAAAUUUCAAAGCUCUGCAAGCCUAACUAUACAACCAAAAGACUUAUCUGGAGGACCAAAUGCAAUUUCACAUGUAUAUUUAGAAGCUUUCUCUGCUUAUUUUUCAAAAGCAGCAAAAAUUCCACUACACUAUAACAAUGGAUUUCUCAUCAUUCAGACAGAUAAAUCUAUUUACGAUUCAAAUCAGUCAGUAAAAGUUAGAGUUUAUUCAUUGGAUGAAAACCUAAAACCAUUGCAAAAAGAAGUUACCUUAACUUUUAUAGAUCCAGAAGGGUCAGAAGUUGCUGAGACAAGAAAGAAUUUUACCGGAAUUAUCAGUUUUUGUGACUUCAAGAUUCCAUCUAAUCCUAAGUAUGGCUUAUGGACAAUUAAAGCUAAAUACAAAGAGAACUUUACAACAAUAGGAACUGCAUAUUUUGAGAUUAAAAAUCUUGUGAAACCACACUUCUUUAUCUUAGUAGAACUAGAGAAUUUCUUCAUUAGCCAUAAAACCUUUGAGGACUUCAAGAUUACUAUAAAAGCUAGGUAUUCUUACAAUAAGAAUGUAACUGAAGCUAAAGUUUCUGCUUCUUUUGAGAUAAGAGAAAAUUUAAAUGACAGCAGGAAAGAAAUGAUGCUUGAAGCAACACAGAAAACAAAGUUGAUUGAUGGAGUUGCACAAAUCAUUUUUAACACAUCAGAAGCAAUUGAAAACCUGUCAUACAAAAGUCUAAAAGAUUUAAAUAACAAGUAUCUUAGUAUUUUUGUGGAAAUCCAAGAAAGUACAGGUAGACUCUUUCAAGAAACCAAACUAACUGAUGUCAAAUAUGUCCUCUCUCCUUACUCACUGGAUCUGGUUGCUACUUCACUUUUCCUGAAACCUGGGAUUCCAUAUUCCAUAAAGGUCCAGGUGAGGGAUGUGUUCACCCAUUUCGUAGGAGGGAUUACAGUAACCUUGAAAGCAGGAACAGUGGAUAAAACUCAGAAGAAGACAGAUCUUGUUCCAAGAAAAAGUACAACAAAUUAUAUUGAUGGAGUAGCUUCGUUUAUGGUUAAUAUUCCCUCUGAUGUGACAGCUCUGGAGUCUCACGUUAGAACUGAUGACCCAGACCUUCCAGAAGAAUAUCAGGCCAGCAAUGACUAUCAAGCAGUAGCCUACUCAUCACGCAGCCAGAGUUCCCCUUCGCCUAGCUGGACAGACAGUUAGAAGAGUUGGCUUGUGGGAGAACGUCUGAGCAUAACGGUUACCCCUAAAAGUCCAUGUGUUGGCAAGAUUACACGCUACAGUCAUGUGAUUUCCUCUAAGGGCAGAGUUGUACACUUCAGCACAGAGAGGAAACUCCCAGGUUCAUCUUAGCAACUUCUAAGCCUUUCCGUGACUCCACACAUGGUUCCUGCCGCCUGUGCGCUGGCCUACUAUCUCGCCACGGGAAAGCAGCAGCAACAGGGGCAUCUGACCCAUGCUGCCUACAUGCUGAAGAAAAAUAAAGAUGCCCAUAGCUGUGGAACAGGUGGUGGCAGGAAUAACGCUGAAGUGUUCUGCUUAGCAGGACUCACUGUCCUCACCAAUGAGAUGCAGAUGGCUCCCAACAAGAUGCCCUCAACUCAGAAACAAUUGUUGGCACUCCAGCAGCCAGCUUGGAUCAUGAGAAAACCCAACCUCCUCUCUGCACCGUCCAAGCACCUCAUCCCCCACCGCCCCCUCCCUCUCCACCGCAGCUCCCUUCUCCGAGCUAGGGAUGGCUGGAUGCGCUCUGCCAGUUACAAGGGUGGAGAAGCUGACUCUUAA